AUGCUGACCACCAUUGUCGUGAAUGCGGAGAGCGAGCGACCCAGACUCGCCUCAGUCUCAGAGAUUGAUAUGAGGAACCAUCUAUUAGUACUGGACGAUCUUCGUGCUGCUUCCGACUACGAGACUGCUGUCCAGGCCCUACUUCACAAAGCACAGAAUGAUAAGCUCGACUUCACCAGCUACCCAGCAUGGCGCUUAUAUGCCCAAUCGCUGCCUUCAGGAUCUGCAGGCCAUCUGACUUUCAUGGCGGCCUUUUCUUAUUCCCACGUACUUGCAGACGGGACAUCUGGACUGAUCUUCCACCGUACACUUCUUGAUACACUACAAAGACGUGAUCGCACAUCUUUCGACGAUGACGCCACAUUCAAGACGCCUACAUACGCGCGACCAUUGGCCCCUGCUCUGAAUCGCGCUGCAGACUUCCCGAUCUCAUCGUCUUUCUUGAUCCCACCAUUUGUCAACGAAUUCUUCCCGAGAUGGUUGGUGAGAAGGCUCGGCAUGGAUUUCGAAGACAAGGAAGUAUGGAUCGGGGCUGCCGCUCGUCCACCUCUGCCAGCAGCGGGAGAGCUUCUUCCCACGAGUCUGCUCUUCAAGCAGGUCCCGCAGAGCGAUAUACAGCGCGUGCUGGUCGUGUGUCGGAAGUUUAGAGUUCGUCUUACCGGUCUGCUAGCCGUUCUGAUCGCUCAGAGCCUUCGGAAAGCACUGCAAGCUCGUGGCCAGGAAUACAUGAAAUUCAACGCCAUGCUCCCUAUUGAUCUUCGUCGAUGCAUGCCAGGGCAUGGAGAUGUGAUGGCAAAUUACCCUUCUGGUAUCGAGGAGAAGAUAGUGAUCAACGAGGCAUCAACUGAGGCCAUGAACGAGGACGACUGGGCGAUUGCUCGUCGCAUCACGGAAAAACUGGCCAGCAAAUCUGCCACUCGUAAAGAUCAGCUCAUGUCGCUACUCAAAUACAUCAGCAAUUUCCGUGAGUGGAUCAUCAAAGAAGCUACCAAGCCAUCAGACAAGUCUUUCGAGCUCAGCAACAUUGGCGUCUUCGAUCCUACUAUGACCGAGCGGUCUGCGGCACCGAAGCAAGACGAUUCCGCCAUGUCCUCCUGGCAAGUUCAGGACGUUGUCUUCUCACAGUCAGCCCUGGCUACAGGUGCAACACUCCACGUAAAUGUAGGGUCUGCAAUGAAUGGCCCACUUUCAAUCACUAUGACCUGGUGGCCGGGUAUGCUUGGCGUACAAGAUGAGGAAGUUUUUGUGGGAGAAGUGCUAGGAGAUGUGGUACUUCGUCUAGAGUCGAUUAAGUGA